GGGGUUCAGUCUUAGGACUCGUAGGAUAAAGGAAGGUCGUUUCCCUCCGUUUGAGGCAGGGAAUCAAACGAAACACCGGCACCGCAGGCACCGCAGUCGCACUCCUGGGGCCUCGUGGCUUUCCCGCGCGCCCGCCUUGGGGGCGGGGAAGAACCCGGAUGGAACCACCCUUGCAGCCCGGACCCCCCGCCGUCUUUGAAUGGCAGCGGGGCGGAGUUGCCCUCCCUUCUGUGCUCUGACUGGUUUGGCUCCGCACUCUCCUCUUCGUGAUUGGGCUUUCCUAGUGCCAGUCACAGAGCGACGCUGGUCUCCCAGAUUGUUGCUAGAAGGAGACGGCGUCGACGUCUGUCUGGACUCGCGGCGACUUACCUUUCAGUCGUGCGCUGCUGAUCCGGCGCUCGGAAUUUGUCCCCGGCUUCAGGGCUGCGGGGCCUGGAAGGAGGCGUAUCGAGGCGGCUCGAAAACGAUCCAGGGGAGCCGAGGCGCUCCUCUUGUCAUCCCACUCAGCGCUCCUCUUGUCAUCCCACUCAGCGCCAUGUCCUGGAUGUUCAAGAGGGAUCCAGUUUGGAAGUACUUGCAGACUGUCCAGUAUGGAGUUCAGGGAAAUUUUCCACGCCUCUCAUAUCCAACUUUCUUUCCACGUUUUGAAUUCCAAGAUGUUAUCCCUCCAGAUGACUUUCUAACUAGUGAUGAAGAACUAGAUUCCGUUUUAUUUGGAAGUUUGAGAGGUCAUGUGGUUGGACUACGCUAUUACACGGGAGUAGUUAAUAAUAAUGAAAUGGUUGCAUUACAACGAGAUCCUAAUAACCCUUAUGAUAAGAAUGCAAUUAAAGUAAACAAUGUGAAUGGAAAUCAAGUUGGCCAUUUAAAGAAAGAGCUUGCAGGUGCUUUGGCCUAUAUCAUGGACAACAAAUUGGCACAAAUUGAAGGGGUAGUUCCUUUUGGUGCAAACAAUGCUUUUACCAUGCCUCUGCAUAUGACUUUUUGGGGAAAAGAAGAAAAUAGAAAAGCGGUUUCAGAUCAGUUGAAGAAACAUGGAUUUAAAUUGGGUCCUGCACCAAAAACUUUAGGAUUCAAUUUGGAAAGUGGUUGGGGCUCUGGAAGAGCUGGACCAAGCUAUAGUAUGCCAGUGCAUGCUGCAGUACAGAUGACAACUGAACAGCUUAAAACAGAAUUUGACAAACUGUUUGAAGAUUUAAAAGAAGAUGAUAAAACCCAUGAAAUGGAACCAGCUGAGGCUAUUGAAACACCACUGCUUCCACAUCAAAAACAAGCUCUAGCUUGGAUGGUGUCACGGGAAAACAGCAAAGAACUUCCACCAUUCUGGGAACAGCGAAAUGACUUAUACUAUAACACAAUAACAAAUUUUUCUGAGAAGGACCGACCAGAAAAUGUCCAUGGAGGAAUUUUAGCUGAUGAUAUGGGUUUGGGUAAAACUCUUACAGCCAUUGCAGUAAUCCUUACGAACUUCCAUGAUGGCAGACCUCUUCCUAUUGAAAGAGUUAAAAAGAAUCUACUGAAAAAGGAAUGUAAUGUUAACGAUGACUCUAUGAAACUUGGAGGAAACAAUACCAGUGAAAAGGCAGAUGGACUAAGCAAAGAAGCAUCUAGAUGUAGUGAACAACCCAGUAUUUCAGAUAUCAAGGAGAAGAGUAAGUUUCGCAUGUCAGAAUUGUCUAGCUCCUGCCGCAAAAGAAGAAAAACUGCUGUCCAGUACAUAGAAAGCAGUGAUUCAGAGGAAAUUGAAACAAGUGAAUUGCCGCAGAAAAUGAAAGGCAAACUGAAAAAUGUACAGUCUGAAACUAAAGGCAGGGCGAAAGCAGGAUCUUCUAAGGUUAUAGAAGAUGUGGCAUUUGCAUGUGCAUUAACUUCAUCCGUUCCUACAACAAAAAAGAAAAUGUUGAAAAAGGGAGCUUGUGCAGUGGAGGGGUCAAAGAAAACUGAUGUUGAGGAGAGACCAAGAACAACUCUGAUCAUCUGUCCGCUUUCUGUGUUAAGCAACUGGAUUGACCAGUUUGGACAACAUAUAAAAUCAGAUGUACACUUGAAUUUUUAUGUUUAUUAUGGUCCUGAUCGUAUUAGAGAACCGGCCUUACUUUCAAAACAGGAUAUUGUUUUGACUACGUAUAAUAUUUUAACUCAUGACUAUGGAACUAAAGGAGAUAGUCCAUUACAUAGCAUAAGGUGGCUAAGAGUGAUCCUGGAUGAAGGACAUGCCAUACGAAAUCCAAAUGCUCAGCAGACAAAAGCUGUACUUGACUUAGAAUCAGAAAGAAGAUGGGUUUUGACAGGUACUCCAAUCCAGAAUUCUUUAAAGGACUUGUGGUCUCUUCUUUCCUUUUUAAAACUUAAACCAUUUAUUGAUAGAGAAUGGUGGCAUAGAACAAUACAGCGUCCUGUCACAAUGGGAGAUGAAGGAGGACUUAGGCGUUUACAGUCCCUAAUUAAAAAUAUUACACUUAGAAGAACAAAGACAAGCAAAAUUAAAGGAAAACCUGUUUUGGAGUUACCAGAACGUAAAGUAUUUAUUCAGCACAUUACACUUUCAGAUGAAGAGAGAAAGAUUUAUCAGUCUGUGAAAAAUGAAGGCAGAGCCACUAUUGGAAGGUAUUUUAAUGAAGGGACUGUCCUGGCACAUUAUGCAGAUGUCCUGGGUCUUUUGCUUAGACUGCGGCAAAUUUGUUGCCAUACUUACCUUCUUACAAAUGCAGUGUCUUCCAAUGGCCCCUCAGGAAAUGAUACACCUGAAGAACUGAGAAAGAAGUUAAUAAGGAAGAUGAAGUUAAUUCUGAGCUCAGGUUCAGAUGAGGAAUGUGCAAUUUGCCUGGAUUCUUUAACAGUUCCUGUGAUAACACAUUGUGCACAUGUAUUUUGUAAACCCUGUAUUUGCCAAGUCAUUCAGAAUGAGCAGCCACAUGCUAAAUGCCCUUUAUGCAGAAAUGAUAUACAUGAAGAUAAUUUAUUAGAAUGUCCUCCAGAAGAAUUAGCACGUGACAGUGAGAAAAAGUCUGAUAUGGAGUGGACAUCCAGUUCAAAGAUUAAUGCGCUAAUGCACGCAUUGACUGACUUAAGAAAGAAGAAUCCCAACAUAAAAAGUUUGGUUGUUUCUCAGUUUACAACAUUCCUGUCUUUAAUAGAAAUACCACUUAAAGCCUCUGGAUUUGUGUUUACUCGUUUGGAUGGUUCCAUGGCCCAAAAGAAAAGAGUUGAAUCAAUUCAGUGUUUUCAAAACACUGAAGCAGGAUCUCCAACUAUAAUGCUUCUGUCCUUAAAAGCAGGUGGAGUUGGUUUGAAUCUGUCUGCAGCUUCUCGAGUGUUUUUAAUGGAUCCAGCCUGGAAUCCUGCUGCUGAAGAUCAGUGCUUUGACAGAUGCCAUAGACUUGGUCAGAAGCAAGAAGUUAUCAUCACAAAAUUCAUUGUAAAGGACUCUGUUGAAGAAAAUAUGCUGAAAAUACAAAACAAAAAGAGAGAACUUGCAGCAGGAGCCUUUGGAACUAAAAAACCAAAUGCUGACGAAAUGAAACAAGCCAAAAUUAAUGAAAUCAGAACAUUAAUUGAUUUAUAAUUUGUGGGAUUUUAGUAAGGUCAGUUUGAUUGGAUACUUAAGUUUUAGAAAUGAGAAAAAUACAGAGUUUUAGAAAUGAGAUCUAGAGAACACGUCUUCUAAAAGGGGCAUAUUUUAUAUUAGUGAAGAGGUAUUACUGACACAAUUUCUUCUAUAUACGAACCUAUUUUUAAUGAAACUUCAAAUAGCAAUAAGUUCCGUUAUAUACUGUGGCCUGAAAUAAUUUGAGAAAAAAGGUUACUUUGUUAUUCAGCUUUUCAUAGUAUCUAUGCUGAGUAUUUUCACAUAUCUUCCAAGUACUCAGCUUUUUCGUAUUUCAAAUAAGGUCAGACCUUUUAUACUUUUGACCAAAUAGUUAUUUUCUAUGUUGGACACUUAGUUAUUUACCAAAGCCUCCGAUUUGUGAUGCAGUGUUUGUAGUCCUUGUAAACAAUAUAUACAGACUAUACAAGAAUUAAUUUUAUUGGGCUUUCAAAAACCAUAUUUGCAUUCCAGAACCAAAUCUUAAAUGAGACCAAAGUCCAGGUUAGCACAGGUUUUUAUUUUUCCUACAGCUACAUUGAGAUAUAGUUCACAUAAAUGACUUGGAGUUUUAUGUUCAUGAAAAAAUUAGGGAUUAUGUUAAGAGUACUAUUUUUUCCAUUUUAGUUAAGUAGUACUACACUCAUUGUUUAAAUGUAACUUGCUGUGUCUGAGGUAUAAAUAUAGUCUGUGGGAGUGAGAGGCAAACCAGUCCUACCCAAUUUGAUUUGAAUAUUUUAAAUUAUGGAACUGCUAAAUAGAUAUUUCUAUAAAUAGAUAAUUUUUAUUAAUGUAGCUUUUUUUGGAAGUAACUUUAUAAAUUUUUAUAAUUCAGAAGACUACUAUAUGUGAGAGGCGUGAUAUCUGGAUGGAAGUUGGGCUGGAUGAUCUCCAAAGUCGUUUCAACUCUUAAAGACAUCUUAAUCCUGAAUGUAAACAAUUGUUAUGUGUUUAGAAUCAGAAUUUGAUUUUGAACUUGAGUAAUUCAUCCUUACAGCUAUCUAUAGAAUUAGUCAUCUUUUUUCUUUUCUUUUCUUUUUACUUUUUUGUUAAUAAGCAAACUUACUUGCUGCAGAAUUUGGGUUGACUCCUGAGCAUAUUUAAAACAAAGAAGCUAGAAAUUUAGCAGUCAGAUUAGGUAGGUGGUUUUAUUUCAAAGGGAAACUUUAAUCCAAAGUAAGAAUAAUUACUCUAACAAGAGAAGCUUCAUGUUUGAUGAUACAGAUUUAAGAAUACCUGAGACUUAGAGUGUUGGAAGUCAUUUGAUAGAAAGAUGAGAUCGGAGACAAUGUUGUGUUAUAGGGCACACAUUGAAGGUAUAUGUCAAAUCUCUCACCAGCUAAGUCCUUUUCUCCCUGUGCCCUGUUUUCUUGCUCAAAGGGAACAGUGAAUUAGCCAGCUAGAAUCUUCCUGGUCCCUUUUUGAGGCAGUAGCAGGUAAGGAAAGGGCUGAUUUUCAUCAAAACCAAGACCUUUCUGCAGGGAUGAUAGUGGAAUAAUAAUGUGGGAUUAGCCCGCUAGCAUUAGGAGCAGUAGGGAAGUUACCUGGUACAUCAAGCAUUACACACAAAAAAUCAAGUUGAUCAGAGUAUGGGUUCUCCAUAUAGCAAUACUUCAGUGAGAUUAAGUAUAAACAGUUUUUGGCAAAAAACAACACAGUCUACUCUUUCUGCUUACAAAGACAAAGCCUUACAAACUCACUAUGAAGGUAAAGGGAGGACAGCUUGCUUCUUUGCCCAGACAUUUACAAAGUUGUUUUUAAAACACACUCAUAAGUCAGUUUGGCAAGUUGUUUAAAAAAUGUCUCUUUGUUUUGUACAGUUCUGUUAGAUGUUGUUAUAUUUUAAAAGUUUAAUUUAAAAAAUUUAAUUUGUCCUUCCUAAGAAGGAUAAAUAUAUAAAAAAGCCACUGGAAUGAAAACUUCCUAUAUGCUAUGCUGUUGUCUUAUUAUUAUAUAGAAAAAUAACUUUAGAAAAAUAUUGAAGACAUUGUAUUACCAUUUGUGAUUCAAACAAUUUUGUGGUUAAAACUGGAUUUUAAAUUUAAAAAUCAAUAAAAAUUUUCAAAUGUU